AUGAUUGUGAAACAGACUAGAAAUCCCGGCCAUUCUCUGAGUAUGUUUGUAAUUCUACCGAUAAAAGACGGCCUGGAGAAAACCGAACAAACUUUAGGGUAUAUAGACUACCGAAAACUUCAUUUCAAAGCUCAUGAGGACAACAUAGAGCUCUACAUGCCUAAAUUCAAAAUCGCGAGCACGAUUGACCUUCAACCAAUUUUGGAUAUGAUGGGAAUGCGGAGAAUGUUUCGUGAUCGUACCGAUUUCAGCGGAAUCACUGACAAAUUUAUGAAGAUCACUAAAGCGGUGCAGAAAGCUGUUAUUGAGAUGUCUGAGGAGAAUAAAGCUCUGCAUACCGUAGCUUCUAGUAUCAAUCAGUUUACGACCAAUUUUUACAAGGCAUUAGCAAGAGAUGAAAGUUCAAACUUCAUCUGCUCGCCGAUCAGUGUGUCGAUGGUGUUAUCGAUGGUCACCUAUGGGGCUCGCGGAAACACCGAGAAAGAACUGAGAAAUGCCUUGAGAUUAUCCGAUGACGAUCAAGUUAACAAGAACGGCUUUCAAUCGCUUGUUGAUACUCUGAAUGCUGUCGAGAAAGUGGAGCUUCGUUUGGCCAACAAAAUUUACUUCAAUGUAGGAUUCGACGUAAAGACAGAAUUUAAAGAGCUGACGGAAAAAAUAUUCCGAUCUGUGUCGGAAAUUAUCGAUUUUGGAAAAUCUGCAGAAGCGGCUGAGACUAUUAAUACUGAUUUAUGCGACUCGCAAAUCGUUCUGAUAAAUGCGGUGUACUUUAGAGGCGAGUGGAAGUGGAAAUUUAAUCCUAAGUAUACAGAACCCGAGCCGUUUCAUAUUGAUGAGAAUACUGUUAAGGACGUGCCGAUGAUGCGGAAAGAAGCCAGAUAUAACUACAACGAGCUGCCUGAUCUUGACGCUAAAAUUAUCGAGCUUUUUUAUAAAAGCAGUGAUGGAAACCAUCCUGUCACGAUGUUUAUUAUCUUACCCAAUGAGGUCAAUGGUGCUAAUAAAAUCGAGGUCAAUUUACAUGAUGUUAACUUCAAGGAUUUACAUGAAAAUGCUGGAGAGCAUAUGAAAGAGUGCGAAUUACAACUUCCUAGGUUCAAAGUCGAGAGCACGUUAAAUUUAAAAAAUAUUUUGACAAAAUUGGGUUUGAACGGAAUUUUUGAACCGUCUGCAAACUUUAGUGGAAUUUCCGAGUCAUCACAAUUGAGCGUCAGUAAAGUGAUACAAAAAACUAUUUUAGAAGUUGACGAAAUAGGAAGUGUAGCCGCUUCAGUAACUGUAGCAGUGAUAAUGCCAAAGAAAGGAUGCUUGAUGGAACCCACACCGUUCAUCGUAAACAGACCAUUUGUGUGUGUAAUAGUCGCCACAGAAACUGGGACACCACUUUUCAAUGCCCCAACAAGUCUCGAUAAAUUUUCGACCAAUUUUUACCAGGCAUUGGCAAGAGAUGAAAGUUCAAACUUCAUCUGCUCGCCGGUCAGUGUGUCGAUGGUGUUAUCGAUGGUCACCUAUGGGGCUCGCGGAAACACCGAGAAAGAACUGAGAAAUGCCUUGAGAUUAUCCGAUGACGAUCAAGUUAACAAGAACGGCUUUCAAUCGCUUGUUGACACUCUGAAUGCUGUCAAAAAAGUGGAGCUUCGUUUGGCCAACAAAAUUUACUUCAAUGUAGGAUUCGACGUGAAGACAGAAUUUAAAGAGCUGACGGAAAAAACAUUCCGAUCUGUGUCGGAAGUUAUCGAUUUUGGAAAAUCUGCAAAAGCCGCUGGGACUAUUAAUGCUUGGUGUGAAGAAAAGACUAAUAAUCGCAUCAAAGAUUUCGAUCCUGAGCUAACGGAACCCAUGCCGUUCUAUGUCGACGAAAAUACUACCAAACAAGUGCCGAUGAUGUACAGGAAAGCACACUAUAAUUUCGGCCAUAUUCCAGAGUUUGAAGCUACUUAUGUUGAGCUUCCUUAUGAGAGCACUGAUUCCAGCGAUUCAAUCAGUAUGUUCAUUAUCUUGCCGACUGAAAUGAAUGGUCUGAAGGCAUGUGAGAGACAUUUGCAUGAGAUAAACUUCAAAGAUCUUCACAGGGAUCGCGCUCGCAUAGAAGUUGAGCUAAGGCUUCCGAAAUUUAAAAUCGAAAGUGAAUUCCAGCUUCAAGACACUCUUGUUAAGAUGGGAGUGAAGGAAAUCUUUGAAAAUUCAGCCGAUUUUGGAAACAUCACCGAUUCUGAACGAUUGAAAGUCAGUAAAGUUAUUCAGAAAGCAUUUAUUGAAGUUAAUGAAGAAGGCAGUGAAGCUGCAGCAGUAACUGCUUUGAUAGCGGUUCAGUACUGUCUGAUACUAGACACACCAUCAAUUACAGUCGACAAACCUUUUAUCUGCGCAAUAGUGGCGACUGAUACGGGAAUGCAACUUUUCAAUGCACGCAUUAAUGACCCGACGUUAAUUUAA